CCUGUCUGACUUAACUGUCAUUAUGUCCAAGAAGCUGGGCGAGGAGUGCUUUGCUUUAUGCGCCUUCUUUUUUAUUCCUAGCUCUGUCACGGCUUCUUUAGAGCUGUUAUUGUUUACAGGCAGUCGAGCAGGCGGCUGGUUCUGAGCGUUUUUUACGCGCUCGGCUCGCUUCGGAGGAAGUUUCCAGCAAAGGUUCCCUGAUUCCCAGCGGUGCCACCUCCUCAUUGCUGGGACCAUGAGACAGAAGGGAUUUCAUGUUUAGCAUCUUUUAGGAAGGAACACAAGCGGAGCACAUGGAUUUCACCGACCCGUAUGAGCUGCAGGGAUUGUUUACAUCAUGAAACGGGGAAGAAACGACUCUUGGCCAGUGCAAGAAAACACAUAAAGACGUUAAGGACGCAGCUAUAAAUCAAUUUGCCGAUCACUUCUGGACCUAACAACACCUGAUCCAGUGGCUUUAUUUGUAUUUUUUUUGUUUUAUUUCUAAAAAAAAGCCUUCAUGUGCGCAGUCAUGGAGAACUGGGGGUGAGCUCACGCGCUCUCCCUCUCAACAUGCUGGCUCUGAGGGCGGAGCAGGGCAGGCGGGGGCUCGAUGAGGGCGAUCCCCUGCAAAAAGAGGCCGCCACCGUUCGGCAGGCUUGGCAGCCGGGGAGGCCGGUCUCGCACCAGCAGCGCGUUAACAUCAAGGAGAAGAUCUCCCAAUGGGAGAUUUGGUGUCAGCAGAGCAGCAGCCAGGAGGCAGGAGUCAAAGCCCACCUUCCCGUUAUGUCCAGAACUCUGUCGGGAGACCUGCUGGGCAGUGGCUGUUCUCACAAAAGCUUGGGGGUGGCCAAAGAUAGCCGCUCGAGAGCAAAGAGCACCGAAUUGGAUUUUAGGGACUCUCCGGCGCACGUCGGGCGCGGCGUUGCCGGUCGAAAGUCGGAGCCGUUGAGGACGCCGUGCGGUCCGUUCUCAGCCGCAUCUCCUGGGGAAAACGGCUCCGCACAAACGUUUGGAUCUUCUACUUCAGAAGUGGACGCUCUUUCCUCAGCCGACCCCGUGUUUACAGCCAGUGCCGAUUCAAAAGGGGAGCGCGUCCCGGACCUCCUGAUAGCCUCUAAGCCUCUACCUCCGUUACCUGCCGAUCAAGAGGACAUCAUGCCCGCGGGGAACUUCUACACCUCCCGGGGUUUCUGGCGGAAGCUGGAGGGGGACAGACUGCUCUGGGAGAACAGCAGGAGCAGCGCAGGUGAAGCCCAGCCCCCUCCCAAACCUCAGCGCACAUUCCUGUACCGUGGGACCAACAACAACACCAAGCAUCCGGCGCAAUGGGACAGCGCAUCCCCACGCGACAACAACCACUCCAACCUGAGGAGCAGGAGGGUCCGACAGCCGCCCAACUUCCCUCCUCCGCCUUGUCCUGAGAUAAGGAUUGAAGGGCUGUCCAGGCAUAAAAAGAGCAGGAAGUCCUUUGAAUACGAAGAUGCAGCCCGUCUGACAGCCCAGCAGGGCACUGUGGGAAAUGGAGACAUUCACCCUGACCUUUACCAUGCCUACUCUGAUGAAAAUAUUUAUGAGGAUAUUGUGUGUGACGGGAGCAGACAGGAUGCCAAGCUGUCCACCAUGUGUCUUCCUGGAAGACCCCCAGGUUCAAAGUUUCCUCCCAAACGUCAAACCUUGCACGGAUACGUUGGGAAAGUAGAGAAGAAAGUAUUCCAGGCACUGUCUGGGUCCAAAGCCUCCACCUUUGCACAAACUCCAAAACCAGCAACACCUCAGCGCUCGAGCACUCAGAAAAUCCAGAGGACUCCUCAGUAUAUCUCCAAGAUUGAGACCAUUUUUGAUGACAAAAGAGGGAGAAAAAGGGUGAAGAACCAGGGGCCCUUAGCACGAGAAGAGACCAGCGGGACAGAGAGCGACCCUGAAGACAACGCCGAAGCAGGUUCCAGAAGAUCGGUUUACAUCCAGUCCACACUGAGACGGCGGCCCGGAUACCGCACCCUGGAGAGGGACCUGAUCCAGCUGCAGCAGCAGAAGCAGCAGCUUUUCCAGAUCUUCGUGGUGGUGUCCCUGAGAAAAGACUUCACAGGAAACGCAUACUCUCCUGAAAUUACUCAGCAGUUCCCGAAAUUGUUUGAGAAGUCAUCGCGGCCCUCCAGAGAAGUCGAAGACCAGCUGAAUGUGAUUCCUAAGUUCUGCUUCCCGGAUCCCCAGGACUGGAAGCCCUCGGCACACGUGCCAAGCGAGACCUUUUCCUUUGUCCUGACCGGAGAAGACGGGAGCCGCUGGUUUUGUUACUGCCGCAAGAUCCUGCCCAGCGGAAAGGGGAAGCGCCUUCCUGAGGUGCAUUGCAUUGUCAGCAAGUUGGGCUGUUUCAACUUGUUUGCAAAGAUUCUGGAGGAGGUGGAGCGGCGCAGAGAGAUAUCCCCGCCGCUGGUUAACCCUUUCAUGCGCAGCGUGAUGGAGGCCCCGUUUCCAGCGCCCGGACGCACAGUCGCCAUCAAGAGCUUCCUCCCCGGCUCUGGGAACGAGGUCCUGACUCUGUGUCGACCGGUGGACUCCAGGCUGGAGCACGUGGACUUUGGCAGUCUGCUGCAGUGCCUCAGUGUCGGCAGACUGCUGCAGGUGUUCGCCUCCCUUCUGCUGGAGAGGAGGGUCAUCUUUGUCGCCGACAAACUCAGCGUGCUGUCCAGAUGUGGCCACGCCGCGCUGGCGCUGCUGUACCCGUUCAUCUGGCAGCACACGUUUGUCCCCGUGCUGCCGGCGACCAUGCUGGACAUCAGCUGUUCUCCGACGCCGUUCCUGAUCGGCGUGCUGGCACCGUGCUUGCCGGAGCUGCUGGAGCUGCCCAUCGAGGAGGUGCUCAUCGUGGACCUGUGUGCCGACAGGUUUGUCAGACAGCUCGGGGACGAGGAUUGCAUCCUGCCCAGCAAGCUGCAAGCGGCGCUGCAGCAGAUCCUGGAGGACAGGGAGGACAUCCUGAGACAACACAACGGAGACACGUGUGCAGACCAGCAGGCCGACCUGAGCUCCCUGCUGUCCGAGGGUUUCGUUCACUUCUUCGUGGAGCUGGUGGGCCACUACCCUCUUUAUAUGGCCGAGGCCGCCAACGGCACCAAGGAGCUUCAGCGGGAAAGCUUUCGCAAGUCUCACCCCUCGCGUGGGGUCCGGCAGUUUCUGCAGCUCUUCAUGGACACGCAGAUGUUCGCUGGCUUCAUUCAGGACAAGGAGCUGCGCAAGGGAGGAGGAAAAGGGCUCUUUGAAACCAGAGUGGCCGAGUAUCUGAAUCCGAGCCAGGAACCCGAGCCGAGCGGGGUGAACAAGUUUCUCAAAGGACUGGGAAACAAGAUGAAGCUCCUGCAGAUUAAAUAAGGAUGACGCCGAGUGUUGCUGCAGAACCGGCUUAAAGAAGCGAGUGCGGGGAGGUGUCGGCGCUGGGCUGAGGAUGGGAGCUGUGACCCAGGACCAGUCUCACGUCGGACGGCCGUGCGCUUCACCUCGCAUAACAACUGGAAACACUUCCACAUUCCCCCCCCCCCCACCCCACGGAGCUGCUUCAGGACACUCAGGGGUUGCGUCUGUGUGAAAGUCCAGCAGCGUCCCAGCUCCAGAAGGGCUCAGCGUUGUGAUUAUGAUCUCCGUUUGAACGGAGCCGUUUACUUUGAACUCUUCUUCCUUUUAGUCAGGACAUUUAGUAACUUAUCGCUCUUCUAAAUACUUGUGAAUAAUAAGCAUGGUUCCAACCUGGAGGAUUUUUCUCGUGCUCUUUUUCAUGUAAAUUCUCUUACUGUUGCUUUUCUUUCCGCUAAAACACGGAUGUUUAAAACCUGAUUCAGUUCAGGCGCGUCAGCUCUCAGCAGAACCUUUUUCUGUACGAAUUCACAGGGUUUUUGUACCUGCUGUCCUUCAACGUUUUUUUAUUAUUUUUUAUUAUUAUUUUUACAAUUUGCACAUGCUCAAAACCGUUGUACAGUAUUUGUAAAUAAAAAUGUCUUUUAUUAAAGCUGGA